CGAUCGCAGAUGUGGAUAUGGCUGAAGACAAGACGAAGCGCAAAUCCGGCGACGAGAAUCCCGAGUCAGGCGGGCCUGUUGCGUCGGCAAACCCGUUUGCCAUCCUUCGGAAGCGCCCGAGAAAAAUAGUACUGGCCGAACAGCUCGUUGCGGCACCGUCUGAAUCUCGGCCUCAGAGCGCCAGUGAAGCGGCUCAACUGAAUGCCAAGGAGUCGCCUGCUUCCGGUCGACGUUCGACGACAGCAGCAGCAGAUGGACCACGGCGACAACCCUCGACCGGCCAGGGCCGCCCAUCGGCCGUUUCCGCCAAGCAAGCAGACUCAAAACGCCAGCCACUUCAAACUCCCAAAGAUAAUGGCUGGACCGACCCGGACACCGUGUCGACAUUCCAGCCGUCGGACGCCAAUGUCUUGGCCUCCACAAAUGUAACUUUGAUUGGGAUGAAUAUUGGAGAGAAGAUAUGCUUUCACGGAGCUGUGCUGCUCUGUCCAAUCCAAGGAUCAUUUAGCGUCAUGGGAUACAACUUUGCGCCUCCGAUUCACAGGGUGUCUGCGCUGCUGCGUCCGUCCGAUGCAAAUCGCGAUGUUACGGAUGCUCUUCGGUUCUAUCCGUGCUUUUCUCCAAAGUCCCAUAGUCUGCUGGUGAUAGAAUCGACCGGAACUUCGACUCAGAACCAACGUCCCGAUGAUGCUCGCCAAAAACCGCGCAACACUGCCUCCGACCCGACACUCACGGUCGAAAUUGCCGGCUUGCUCAAGAGCGCAAACUUUUCAGAGAGCACGACCAUCAUAGCCAUGCGUAGUCUUGCUUGGGCCAAUCACUCCGGCCUCGAGAAAACAGGAAAUGCCUUCCGCGGACUGUUCGGCAUGGGCAGCGAGAAGAUCCCUAUGGAUCCAAACUUCAAGCUGCGAGGAUUUUUUCCUAUCACUAUGGCGUUGUCGAGUGCCUCAGCUUUGAAAGUCCCUCCCACUUGGUUUGACUUUGGCCGCCGGCUCAAAAUAGCGCAUGCACCGCCGAUAACCUGUGUUGUCGGAAGCAAAAACGUCGGUAAAUCCACAUUCUCGAGAUAUGCGGUGAACUCUUUGCUCGAGCGAUAUCCCGCCGUUGCGUAUAUGGAGUGCGACAUUGGACAAAGCGAACUCACCCCGAGCGGGAUUGUUUCGCUUCAUGUUGUGCGCUAUCCCCUAUUAAGUCCUCCCUUUGUACAUCUCCAAGAGCCCUAUCACGCCUACUAUCUUGGUGCAAGCACACCAAAAGAUGACCCAGAUCACUAUGUCAAUUGUCUCGAGCACUUGUACAGAACCUAUCAAAAAACACUGCGCACACAAGGCAUGCCCCUGAUCGUCAACACCCAUGGAUGGAUUCGCGGCAUAGGUUACGAUUUGAUGCAGCAUUUGCUUGGAGUCAUUGAUGCCGACUAUGUUGCUCAGCUCUGGUAUCCUCCCGGAUCGACCAUGCUCAGCAAGAAUCUUCCUGAGAACUUUGACCACACUGUCACUGAAACAAAUCCAAAUUGUCAGCUGGUCAGAGUGGAAGGCUUCGAGGAUCGGUCGCUCAAGCCCAAGUUAUCCUCGGCAGAUCUUCGAACACUUGCAACGAUAUCAUAUUUCGCCAAGUCGAACCUACCAACUGGAUGUCCAAGGGAGGGGCUUGAUUGUGAGCGACCCAUAUGGUGCUUCUCCAAAGCUGCAGCCGAGGAAACACCUUAUCAAGUCCCUUGGAGCAGUGUUCGAAUCAAAUUCAUCAACUUUGACGUUCCUUAUUCGCAAACCCUGCGAGCCCUGAACGGCUGCGUGGUAGCCUUGGUUGUUGACCGCACAAAAUACUGCAGAGUACCCGCAGAGUCCCAUCGUCGCGACCAUCCUUUCUCGUCGCUUCGAAUUGUGCCGUCGCAGCUGCCACUCCGCCCCCAAAACCACAAGUGCGUUGGCCUUGGUCUGGUCCGCUCCAUCGAUCCAGAGCAAGGUCUGUUCCAUAUCGUCUCGCCUGUUGCCCCGACCACGCUCGGUGAAGUCAACAUGCUCGUCCGAGCAAGUGGCACAGAAACUCCAGCUUAUCUUUCCUUGGCCGGAUACAUGUCGGUUCGAGUUGAUUUGCCAUAUACCACCUAUUCGAUGGCCGAAGGGGUAGGCUCGCUCUCUUGGAAACGAAGAGCCAUGCAGCGACGAAAAAACAUGUCCGAAAACAGAAAAUAACAGAGUCGCACGCGAUGCCGUGGUUAGCCCAAUACGAGGUACCGGCCAGACAAGCAAACAAAUCCUGCCCAAAUGUGCGGAUAUGCCAAUCCUUGCUCGAGCAGCGGGACACAAACGGUGCUGCCCAAGAUGGCGUAUCACAGGAUGCUCAAUGUCCAUGUGUGAUAGUGCGUGAGCGAUGGCAACCCCACGGAGCGCACUCCACCUCUCGGCUCCGCGUAACAAUGCCGCGGCCGCCAAGACCAUCUGGAACUUGGUUGAUGAGUUAGCCCGUGCGAAUAUUAUGGUGCAAUUUCAGUC